AGCUGAACUCAGCUAUGCUGUAUAAAGCAAACAGCUGAAAAACUGAGAGAGAACAUAGAGAGCAUUUGCACAGCAUGGAAAGGCUUCAGGUACAAUUCCUAGCAUAAAAAUCUGAAGACUCUGAGAGUAACAAGCACAUUCUUAAAACCAGAGCUCUGGAAUCCAGUCCUCAGGCUAGACGUCUGCAGUGAGCAUGCAGGUCAUACUUGCUUCAAUGGCCUAUAUUCUUUCUUUUACCGCUACGUUUUCAUAUACAGUAACUACUUUGCCAGAUAUUGACAAUGAAGAUUUCAUCAAGGAAUAUGUUCAUGCUCACAACAAGUUCCGGUCAAAGGUGAAUCCAACAGCUACAAAUAUGCUAUACAUGACUUGGGAACCGGCACUAGCCCAAACAGCAAAAGCAUGGGCAAAACACUGUCAGUUUAAACACAACCCACAGCGGGAAUCAAACUUGAACUUCACAUCAGUGGGAGAAAAUAUCUGGACCGGAUCUCUAGUCCUGUUUUCAGUGUCUUCAGCCAUCUCAAACUGGUACAAUGAAAUCCAGUACUAUGAUUUCGCAACUCGGAAGUGCACAAAAGUCUGUGGCCACUACACUCAGGUUGUUUGGGCAGAUAGUUACAAAGUUGGCUGUGCAGUGCAAUUUUGCCCUAAAGUUUCUGGCUUUGAACAACUUUCCAAUGGAGCACAUUUUGUAUGCAACUAUGGACCAGGAGGAAAUUACCCAACUUGGCCAUAUAAGAAAGGAGCCACAUGCAGUGCCUGCCCCCAAAGUGACAAGUGUGUGGAAAACCUCUGUAUUAAUCCACAGCGAGACAAAGUAACACGUUACUAUUCUGUUGAUUAUCCAGACUGGCCCAUAUAUUCUCGGAACAGAUACACAUCUCUCUUUCUCAUUGUUAAGUCCAUAAUUCUAAUACUGUCUGUUAUAAUGACAAUUUUCAUAAAGCACAAGUACCCUAAUUUAGCUAUUAUGGACUAACAAAUCAGGGGCAGAAAGAAGAAUGUGGCUUCUAAAAAAAUUAUAUACAUUUUCAUUGGGUAUAUUUUCUAUUUUAAAUUGUUUUUAUUUUUUAGUGUUCCUUCAGUAAAAAGCCUUAUUUAAAUGAAAACU